CCUUAAUUAUUUAAAAUUGUGUUCCAGUCCUAUCGAGCAGCACUACGGCAAUGCUUUCUUACGAACAGAGGAGAAAGCAUCGAUUCAAAGCCUACGUUAACCGUCCAAUGUCAACAAACACUCUUUCCUUCGCCGAAAAUAAUUGAUAUUUUUGUAAGAAUAUAGCUUAGUAAGUAGAAGGGUGAUAGCUUGGCACUUGAGAUAACACUUUGGUCGAGUGGCAAUGUCGUUUAGUCUGAUUCUUGCUUGAAUUAUCGUCGUUUAAGAAGAAAAUGGAGGAGAACGAUGUUUGCGAUUUGACGAUCUCGGAAAAGUUUCAAGAACCGAAAAAGAAAUUUUGGCUUCGUUCGAGGAAACGACCAAAAAGCGAUGCAAUCAGUAUUAGUUCGAUGGACAUUUCCAUAGAUUCUACAUUAGGUAAACGAAAGAAGCGUAGAAAGAUAUCGGAGGUAGCUAGUAAUUUUUUUGCAUCUGCGAGUAGCAAAUCAUUGGAUCAAACUAUAAAUGCAUCUGAAGUUUCAUUUAUAGAAAUGGAACCGCCAUCGGUUCGAAAAAAAAUAAGAAUAAGUAACGAACAUAAUGAAAAUAUAGCGAUUCGAAGUUGGAUGUUAGAUGUUGCAGAAUUAGAUAUUGCAUCGACUCUGAGUCGUAGGGAGAUUAAGCGGCAAGAGGCAAUUUAUGAGCUUUUUUGUGGUGAAAAUGUACUAUUGAACGAUCUCUGUAUACUAAGAGACUUUUAUUAUCAACCUCUGAUGUUAACCAAUAUCUUUACUAACGAGGAGCUAGUUACUCUUUUUGGAGAUGUAUCAAAAUUCAUUCAAAUUCAUGGUAAACUUCGCGACGAGAUGGUAGAACUGCGAGAUCGUUCUGGAUUUACAGAAUGCGUCGGACCUACAAUAGUCGAUUGGCUCGCACAGUUACCAGACCUGUACAUCGAGCGAUGUAGAACGCAAAUAUGGGCAAGAUGUAUAUUGGAGUCGAAAAAAAUAUCAUGCAGACGUUUUCAAGAAUUCUUGAAAAAGAAAUCAGAAUCACUUAGGUCAACGGACCUAUGGACAUAUCUGGACGUGACACGCUCAAGAAUAGUCAAAUAUCCUUUACUCGUAAAUGAAAUUUUACGACACACCCCAGCGGGACACGUGGACGAAGCUGCUCUGAAACGAGCGAGCGAGUUGUUAUCCGAAUUAUUAAAAACGAUCGAUCAAGCAAUGGGCGACGCUGAAUGCAAGCUUGCUCAGACAAGAAUAAACAUGCGAUCAGAAUACGAUACAAAUAAGUGUAUCGAAAAUGCCACGGAUUUGUUAACCGAAGGACCAUUAAAGGAUUCGAGAGGAACGAAAUAUCACUGCUUUCUUUUUAAUACGUGUUUUGCUUUAACAAGAUCGAACAGACGUCCAAACAGAAAGUACAAUCUUUGCUUCCCGAUUAUACCGCACGAUCAACUGAACAUACAAAUUAUCACUCCAAAUAAAACGACUGCGGCGAGUUUCAAAAUCGGCGAACAUAUUUUAAUGAGCGAUGACGAGCAUCACAGAAGACACUGGCUAGAUUCUUUCAAGCGUCUGUCAAUGCCUAGAUUCGAAACCAGGCGGAAGCAGAGCGUUGCUAAAAAUGAAAAAGGAAAAGAAAACGAGCCUGAAGUUCCCGAUUGUAUUAAAACUGGUUUUAAUAGACGGUCUAAGAAUAUUGUUCGCGACGGUUACUUCACUAUUUCAUUGAGAAAAACCUUGCUCAGGCAUACUAGGAAUAGCAUUGACAAUAUUUAACUUCGUAUAAUUUAUAAUUUCAUGUUAAUCGAGUCAUAUUAACGCAUUCAAAUCUUAAAAUGUAAGAUUUGCCAAAUUAACUUUUACAACUAGAUAAGAACUAGAUAAAACUGUAAUGGAUAUUUCGCAAAGUACUUUAUAUUUUGUACAGCGCUGUACCAUCUCGGUAAGCGUUUAUAUAUCAAAGAUUUGUAUUAAACUUUUAUACCUCACUUCGAAGUCUCUAUUUUCAUGACCUUCGAUUUUCGUAAUGAAGAUUUUGUAUUCAA